UUGAAAAAAGACGGGCUAGGCUACGUUUGUUUAGCGUUAAUUUCUCGCCUUGUUGACCGGUAUAUCGAACAUUUUCUACAUCAUUAUUACAGUGAACGUCUUAUGUUUACAAAAUGCUGUUUUUGUUUGAAAAAUAACGGGUUUCGACGCUAUAAAGACGGCUGGACGCUGAUCCUGGUAUUAGGCCGGGCGUCGGUGUUCGGCGUCAGCUUUGCUAGCUAGCUCCAGGCAGCCAUUUAGCCGCUAGCUGGCUUGCUAACUAAGCUAUAGGCUAGUGAUGCUGCUUCGUCUGUUUAAUGGUUAGCCGUUUUCGCCUGUGUAAAUAGCCGUGGUUGCUUCAUCAGUUGUUUUAUUCUAUACUGUUGUGUUUUUACGCGGCUUCCUUGGGAAGUACAAGCCCAGUUGGCUCUUUGUCAUCGGAAGAUCACGAUUUUGACCCAACAGCAGACAUGUUGGUCCAUGACUACGACGACGAGCACACUUUAGAGGAAGAGGAAAUGCGAGAAGGGGAGUCAAAUGGGAGUUCGGAGAUAGCAGAUCUAGAGAAGGAGGGGAACAUGCCAUUGGAAGAGCUGCUUGCCUUGUAUCGGUAUGAACCAUCAGUCAGUGCUGUUGGAGGUUCGAGUGCAGACAGCUCUUCGGUCGAACUGACAGACGAGUUACCCGACAUGACAUUAGACAAGGAAGAGAUUGCUAAAGAUCUCCUGUCUGGAGACGAUGAAGAAACCCAGUCUUCUGCUGAUGACCUCACGCCGUCAGUGACUUCGCAUGAAACCACUGAUUUCUUUCCCAGAACUCUUCGCUCCAACACUAUUUAUGAUGGAGACAAAGAGUCUGAAGGUGAGGAAGAUGGUCUGAACACAGAGGACUCUCGAAAGGAAAUAAUGGUUGGAUCUCAGUAUCAAGCUGAAAUUCCCUCCCUUUCCUGUUAUAAUGAACAUGAGAAGGUUUACGAGAAUGAAGAUCAAUUACUGUGGCAGCCCAACAUACUACCAGAGUCAAAAGUGAAAGACUUUUUGCAUGAAGCCACCUUUUCAUGUGCUGAUGGUGCUAUAAGGGAUCGAAGGGGUCUCGUUAAAGACAAUGAACAGGCUUUGUACGAGCUUGUUAAAUGCAACUACAGUGUCCAUGAAGCUCUUGAAAGGUAUCGCAGCAAAGAAAAGUCAUCAAAGGAUGAAAUGCUCCCGUGGACCGAAGAAGAAUGCAGAAACUUUGAACAUGCGCUGCUUUUGUAUGAGAAGAAUUUCCACCUCAUUCAGAAACACAAAGUCCACACAAGGACUGUGGCAGAAUGUGUUGCGUUUUACUACAUGUGGAAAAAGUCAGAACGCUUUGACUUCUUUGUCCAGCAAAACCGGUUUGGAAAAAAGAAGUUCAGCAGCUAUCCUGGUGUAACGGACCUAAUGGACCGACUGGUGGAUGAAGCCGAGGGUCUGGUGGAUAGCUCAGGCUCCGUCUGCUCUAGCAGCAGUGGCAGGAUAGAAGCCUCAGCUGACCAGCAGCUCAAUAUCCUCAAUUCCAUCACCGCCAGCGACCUCUCAGCGCUAACCAGCAGUGUGGCGUCGGUGUGUAACCCCAGCGACGUGGGCUGCCUGGACUCGUAUAGCUUCUCGCCGCUCGAUGGCCUUCAUCGUGCUUCCCUGAGUCACAGCGAGCCGCUCAGCUUCUCCGGCAACGGUGACGGAGACUGCCUCAACCUCCUGGACGCUGGCUUCUACCAUUCGGAGCUGGGGCAGCUGAACGUGUGUGGUGAGGAGUGCGAGAGGCCUCCCGCUAAGAGGCUCAAGAUGGGCCUGCCCGAGCCCUUCCUCAACGAGCGCAGCAUGGCCGUGGACUUCACCAGCACCAAAAUGGCCGUCUCCGUUACUGACUUUAGCGAUUCAGGCAGCUACAUAGCAAGCCACGCGCUACAUCAGCACACAGCGCUGCAGUCUGAGUGAAAACAAAAUGCCUCGCUAAAACUUCACACUCGGACCAUGUACAUAGCCGCUCACUGGAAAUUCUAUUCCUGUUUUUUUUUUUUUUUUUUUUUUUUUUUCUUCUUCUUCUUUUUUUUUUUAAUUAUGUACAUGUGUGUAUAUAUGUACAGAAUCCUUUUUUACUAUGACAUCAGUGAUGUCGUAUUGUACAGACCUUAAUCUUGAGUUCUCAAGAGUUAAUAACAGCCAUUUAUUUUCAGUCCGUAAUAUUUUGGAACGUGUCACCCGUGUCCUGUCCGAAUACUGUGGAAACUGAUCCCGUGGUAGGGGUGAAAGGUCAAAACUUUCACUCCAGUAGUUCCCACAAGAAAUUGCAGAAACCCUUCUUCUUCUCUCAUGUCCCUCCCCUUUCUACCUAUUAGCCGUGGCGCAUCUUAGUAUCCGAGACGUGCUGAGCGGUACCUACGCCUUGCGUCACGUAGCUGUUACGUGCGGACUCCAAAAUGUUUCGAAAUGGUUUUAUUUGGAGCAAAAGACUUUUUGUAAGUGGAGCCACUGUGCCUCUUGAAGGAGCACUUCUCUGAGCCGCAGUUACCAGUGAAUGUUUAUCUUCUUAUUGAUAUGCAUUCAGGUGGCCCUGCUGUUAAGGCUUCAGACACUCCAUUUUGAGAAAUACAUAUUACAGUUCGUUUAAAUGCUCCUUUUUAUAUCCGGUCACUCGAGCUUUAUUGUAACUGUAACUAAUAUUUGUAAAUUUCUAUCAAUGAUCAGUAAUUAUCAUCGUUUUUCCCACCAUAUUUGAAUACUUGUAGAUCCUUUCAUCAGUCAGACAGAAGGAAAACACUGCUCUACAGUACGUGAUAAAUUUUCUUUUAACGUUUAUCUGUUUAUAUGCUCCAUUUCGCAUUCUUGUUUGUAGUGGAUGAUCACUUUUGGGGGGUAUUUAUUUGCUCUAAACACCAUUGGACUGCACAUUGGUCACUAACAUACUCGUUUGAAUUUGUGAAAUUUGCUGGCACAUGUCCUUUUUCUGUGUUUCGGUGUGUUCUGUCCCGUUCCGUUGCCUUGAGUGACUGCGUAUUUGAAGUAAAACUGUUUGCAUGGGAAUCUUUAGCAAGCUUGUGCUAAGUAGUUGCAGGCGUUAUUUUGGAUGUUUUUGUUUUUAUAUGGAUUAGCUCAUCCCUGUACUCAAUUAUGUAUAUAUUUAUAUUACCUACGUUGUGUGGCCCUGGGUUCUCACGGUCACUGCCAGGAAAUUUUUUUUUUUUCUUUUUUUCCCUAAAGAAGUGGAAGGUUGUACUGCUAUACUAGAUAUCUAAACGAUCCACAGAGUGAUCACACUAAAUUGAUCUAUGCAUUUAUUACAGUACUUUCAACCUGCACAUGGUCAUAAAUUAUUUGAACAAACCCACAGAUUGUGUUUAAAUUUUAACUUUCAAGCCACAUAUCGAUAGACCGUCUACCCUCAUUCAGUGAGCUCGUUUUGAGCUCUGCCCUUCACUUCUCGUACUGACAUGAUCAUGCGUGUUUACCUCAAUCUGGUUUUCCUUUUUCAUGAACUCCUGCGUACUCUCACAUGGCAAUAAUUUGUAAAUAUGUACAGAUGCGGACGUAAAAACCUUCCCACAUUCUCUUCCUUGGCAAACAGACUUGAACUUGAAAAUUGUGUGCUUUUGAGUCUGUAACUUGAGUAUUCCACAGAAAUGCCUUUACUUGCUUUACCGGUUAGCCGAUUAUAUAUAUAAAUAUAUCUAUAUAUUUUUUUUUUUCUGUCGGAUUUGCUUUACAAGAGAUUUGCUUAAGAAAAAGAAGUUAUUUAUUUAUUUAUUCACUUACACUGCAAGUGGGUGUAGUGUGUUCGAGGAUCAGUACAUGGUGCGCGUGAAGCUCGCAGACCUCAGUGAUUCAGCGCAGUGAUCCGUGUGCAGGCGCAGGCCGCAGGCGUCUGCGCUCUGUCUUCACACGGGAAUUAGUGAAGUAGUUGAAUGUACAGUAUUACUACGUCUUAGGGGUUUACUGAACACGUCUGAAAAGAGAGAAUGUUUUGCUGGUUAAGGCACGACCCUAGUUUGCAGUUUUGCCUUAACAUUCAUUACUCAUUCAGAAACCUUGCAUGUUCAAUCUACCUGGAAACAACACUUGCAGAAACAAUGGCCUCUCUGAGUGAUGGAUGUUUUAUAGACUAAAGUUGUUUGCUGAGGAUUUGUAAGAGUUGCAAGAGCGAGACUUGAGUAUGGUUUGUAACAUUCAUUUCCUGUACUUGAGGCCAGAAUUCUCCAUUUUGUUUCUUUUUCAUUAGAUACUUGAAGGAUGUGCAUUGAUGCCAUUAUUUAAUACACUUAAAAAAACAAACAAAAAAACAAAAAAAAAAACAAUACUCAAGUCCUGUAGGUUGUGCAAUUAAUUUCUCCUGUCCCUCCAAGGAUUAAGCAGAGCUUUAGGAAAUUGUGUUGAAGUAACUUAUUCCUGUCCAAAGUUUGUAUGAAAGUACUAGCUUAAAAAUUGUUGUAAAUGUAGUGAUGGUUGUUUGCUUCCAGAGGCAUACAAAUUUAUUGUAAAUUUAGAGACCCUCCUUAUCAGAAUAAUGUUAUGUUUAGUAAAUGUUCAUCUUUCAUACAUUGACUCUGUGCUGGGGGAAAAAAAACAAGCAUUACAGUAAAAAAAAAAAAAUAAUUUAACACUUAUUUUGGUGUAAAGAAAUUCUAGUGUUAAAUAUAGACAAUCAAACAGCAAUUAUUCAAAAGGAAAUUUUAUCAUUCAUAAUGUUUGUACAUAGACAUUGUUUCUGUUGGUUUUUAUUUUGUAUUUUACGUUAUACUUAAAUAACUGGCAAACAGUUCCAGGAAUAAAGUUCUGGAAAUAUUA